AAAAGUGAACACAGGAGGCAACGGCGCCUGUUCACCGACACGUCCAGCAACUGUGACUCCUCACAGGAUUUCGUUUUAAACAAACGCUUAACAAACGAUGUUAAAAUGCCGAAACUUUUGUUUUCAAAGAUUCGGUUUUAUGAGAUCAGGGAUCUGAUGCAAAAUGUGAAGCGGCCCAGAAGGAUUGAUAUUGUUCUUAAUUAUAAGAGGCGUAAGACAGACAUCCAGGGCCUAAAGGUGCAAAAAAUAAACGAUGGGCUAUAUCCUUCAGAACCCGGUUGGCAGACCGACCAUGAACUCGACCCAACUCUGGAAAAACUGUUACAGGAUAAAAAGUAUUUAGCAGCAUUCCACACGUUUCUGCAGUCCGAGUUCAGCGAGGAAAACAUUGAGUUCUGGCUCGCGUGUGAAGACUUCAGAUCGACCGACUCGCCGGACAAACUUCACUGGAAAGCAGAGGAGAUCUACACCGAGUUCAUCCGUCCCAUGGCGUGCAGAGAGAUCAAUGUCGACCACCACAUUAGGGAGAACAUCAAGAAAUCUUUGCGGAAACCGAGCCACUCUUGCUUCGACGAGGCCCAGAAACAUGUUUACCUGCUGAUGGAAAGAGACUCUCGCCCCAGAUUCCUGCUCUCAGACGCGUACCGUAGUCUGAAGCUCAAAUCCGGGUCUAUGUGGUACAUUUAGCCGCUGUUCCAUCAAAGUCGCCGAGUCCAUGUUGCAUUUCAAUUUGCACAGAGUAGUGUCCUUUAAGUUUGGAAGCAAACUGGAGCCAUGUUUCAAAAUGAUGAAGAAAAGUAAAUGUAAGUGGGAAAACGUGCUUGUAUGUAGGGGAGAAAUAACGAUUGCAUGCACAGUAUGUGAGUGUUUUGGACGACUCUGCGGAGUUCAUUGUUGUUUAAAAUGCGUUAAGUGAAAGUGUCAGCUUGUGAGAACAGUGUGAUAAAUGAUACGGGACCGAUACGUGCUUUCUGAUGUGCAGAAUAAAACCUCAGAGCUCCAUAAAUGGGCAUUAAUGGA